CUUCAGUCUCGUGAGGACGCGCUUCUGUGUGCACGUGCAGAAAGUUCGUCAGAGUUGUGAUUUUCAUACACAAAAACAAUGGAAGUGAAUGAUGCAGAUGUGAAACAUCAGAAUAUGAAAAAAACAAGUCUGAAUGUUUUGAGAAAAGUAACUCUGAGCACAGGAGAUGAAAAGCGUGGAAAGAGAUCCUCAGACGUUGCGUGUCAUCAGUGUCAAAAGAGUUUUUCAGGUGAAGCACAACUUAAGAGACACAUCAAAUAUCACACUGCAGAGAAACCCUUCACAUGUCAACAGUGUGGAAGGGGUUUCACAAGUAAAAGUGUCCUUCAGAUACACGUGAGAACUCACACUGGAGAAAAACCAUUCACAUGUCAACUGUGUGGAAAGAGUUUUACAGUUAUGAGUGCCCUCAAGAUACACUUAAGAAUUCAUACGGGAGAGAAACCAUUCACAUGCCAACAGUGUGGAAAGAGUUUUUCAGGCACAGGUGACCUCAAGCUACACAUGAGAGUUCACACCGGAGAGAAACCAUUUACAUGUCAUCAGUGCAAGAAGAGUUUUAGAUCUCGCGGUCACCUUAAGAGACACAUGAUGAUUCACACUGGAGAGAAACCCCACACGUGUGAUCAGUGUGGAAAGAGUUUUGCAAAUCUGGAGAACCUUAAGGUACACAUGAGAUCUCACACUGGAGAGAAACCAUUUGCUUGUCUUCAGUGUGGACAGAGUUUUUCAUUCAUGGGUAACCUGAAGAGACACAUGAGAUCCCACACUGGAGAGAAACCCUUCACAUGCCUUCUGUGUGGAAACAGUUACAGAUGCUCAAGUCAAUUUAAGACACACAUGAGAAUUCACACCGGAGAGAAACCUUACUCAUGCCAACAGUGUGGAAAGAGUUUUACAAGUAGAAAUAACCUAAGGAACCACAUGAGAACCCACUCUGGAGAAAAAACAUUUUCAUGUCAUCAGUGUGAGAAGAAGUUUGGAUAUGAAAGUACACUCAAGUUACACAUGAGGAUUCACACUGGAGAGAAACCCUUCACAUGUGAUCAGUGUGGAAAGAGUUUCACUGUUGCAUCACAACUCAAGAUCCAUGUGAGAGUUCACACUGGAGAGAAACCCUUCAUGUGUCAUCAGUGUGAAAAGAGAUUUUCAAGUAUUGGCAGCCUUAAGAAUCACUUGAGAACUCACAGUGAAGUGAAACCGUUUGCAUGUCAUCAUUGUGAAAAGAGCUUUAGAACUGGCAGUCAACUUAAAGAACACGUGAGAGUUCACACUGGAGAGAAACCGAUUCCGUGUCAGCAGUGUGAAAAGUGUUUUUCAAGUACCGGUACCCUUAAGAAGCACAUGAGAGUUCACACUGGAGAGAAACCCUUCAUGUGUCAUCAGUGUGAGAAGUGUUUCCCAACUACCAGUAACCUUAAUAGACACAUGAUGAGUCACACUGGAGAAAAACCACACUCAUGUGAUCAGUGUGGGAAGAGUUUCAGAGAUAAAUGUUACCUUGAGGUACACAAGAGCAGUCACACUGGAGAAAAACCCUACCCAUGUGAUCAGUGUGAAAAGAGUUUCUUAAGUAGCGAUGGUCUUCAGAAGCAUUUGAGAACUCACACUGGAGAGAAACCUUAUGCAUGUGAUCAGUGUGGAAAGAGUUUUACAGUUAAAGGAAGCCUUCAGAUACACAUGAGAACUCACACAGGAGAAAAACCCUACUCAUGUGAUCAGUGUGGAAAGAGUUUUGCAGAAAAAAGUUACGUUCAGGAACACAAGAGAACUCAUACUGGAGAGAAACCCUACUCAUGUGAUCAGUGUGGAAAGAGUUUUACAUUCUCAAGUUACUUAAGGACACACAAGAAAAGUCACACUGGAGAGAAACCUGUCACGUGUGGUGGAGUGCAGAUGAAGAGUGUUAUAUGCUCCUCCUACAGCAAUUCACCAAUAAAUGUGAAUAAAUCACUUCAGGAGUUCUUCAUACUGUUGCUGGAGGAGAAGAAGCUUGAGAACAUGAGAGAUCCAGAACUAUACAGAAUGAAAGAUGAAGAUACUGAGGAACAAAGAGAUAUGAUGGAAGUGAAUGAGGCCAGUCAAGCUGAAGUGAAUGAUGCUGAUGGGAAACAUCAGGAUGUGAAAACAAUACAGAAUGUUUCACUGAAAGGAACAGGAGACAAAACGCUUGGAAGGAGUUUCCCAAAAGACGAACAAAUGAGAACUCACAGUGGAGAGAAUCCAUUUGCAUGUGAUCAGUGUGAGAAAACUUACAGAAUUCAAAAACAGCUCGUACAGCACAUGAAAACUCACAAUAGGGUCAAACCAUUCACAUGUUGUCACUGUGGAAAGAGUUUUUCAUACAUGGGUGCUCUUAAGAAUCAUUUGAGAAUUCACACCGGAGAGAAACCAUUCACGUGUCAACACUGUGAGAAGAUCUUAUCGUGUGAAAGUCAAUUUAAGAGUCACUUGAAAAUUCACACUGGAGAGAAACAUCACGCAUGUGAUCAGUGUGGAAAGAGUUUUAAAUGUGAAAGUGCACUUAAUAUACACAUGAGAAUUCACACCGGAGAGAAACCAUUCGCAUGUGAUCAUUGUGGAAGGAGUUUCAGAAGUGGAAGUAACCUUAAGGUACACGUGAGAUUUCACACUGGAGAGAAACCUCACACAUGCCGUCUGUGUGGAAAGAACUUUACAACGUCUGCUCAUCUGAAGAGACACGUGAGAAUUCACACUGGAGAGAAACCCUUCAUGUGUCAUCAGUGCGAAAAGAGUUUUAGAUGUGUGAGUGCACUUAAUAUACACAUGAGAAUUCACACUGGAGAGAAGCGAUACACAUGUGAGCAGUGUGGAAAGAGUUUUACAUUCAUGGGAAGCUUUCAGGGUCAUUUGAGGAUUCACACUGGAGAGAGACCAUUCACAUGUCAACAGUGUGGAAAGAGUUUAACAAGUAAUGGAAGCCUUAUGAGCCACAUGAGAACUCACACCGGAGAGAAACCCUACACGUGCCAACACUGUGAGAAGAGUUUUAGAUGUUCAGGUCAACUCAAGGUACACACCAGAAUUCACACUGGAGAGAAACCAUUUGCAUGCCGGCAGUGUGAAAAGAGUUUUAAAUGUUCAAGUCAACUUAAGAUCCAUGUGAGAGUUCACACUGGAGAGAAACCCUUCAUGUGUCAUCACUGUGAGAAGAGUUUUUCACAUACAGGGAACCUUAGGAAACAUUUGAGAACUCACACUGGAGAGAAACCGUUCACAUGUGAUCAGUGUGAAAAGAGUUUUACCAGUAAAAACAUUCUGAAGAACCACAUGAGACUCCACGCUGAAGAAACAACAUUCUCAUGUUAUUGGUGUCAGAAGACAUUUAGAUGUGAAAGUUCACUUAUAAAACAUGUUUGGACUCACUCUGGCAUCGAAAAUCUUGCAUGCCCUUAGUGUAGAAGGGAUAUAUUUUACGAAACAUUUGAUAAUACACACGGGAGAAAACCCUUCCAUGUGUGGACAGAGAUUCAGAAAUGAAACUUCACACUGGAGAGAGAAACCCUUCACAAGCCAUCAGUGUGGAAAGACUUGUAAAUGGGAAUCUAGAUUCAGAAUGCUCAGUAUGAUAUCAAUCUAGAGAAUGUGACUCUCAUCAUUGAAAUAAAGUCUGACAACAAGCUAAUAAAAACUGAUCAAGCUGUGCUGACCUCUCUGAGUCAGUCAAUGUUCAGGGUCUCCAGUAGCUCACUGUGUACAGGAAACACUAGACCCCUAGUGGGAACAUUUAAGCAUGAAUUUUACUUUUUUUAACAUAAAAAACAUUGUGUGACGUUUUGGUUUAGGCGAUGUACAGUAUAGAAAUCAUGAAAUUUGUGCAUAUUUGUAGUAGGUGUUAAGAUGUUAUGUGUUCAAGUUAUUAAAAUCAGGCUAGAUACCAUUAAAAUCAUGAAACAAAACGUUUUAAAAUAAAUCGUUUUAUAAGAAUUA